UGGGCGGGUCCCCGCGGGCCGCACGUGGAGGACGCCAGGCAUGGCGGAGGCGGGAAACGCGUGUGCGGACCUUGGGCUGCCGGGAGGCGACACUAGGCAGUGGCCUCUGCAACGCUAUGGCCGCUUCGUGCCGACGGGCGACGGGGAGCCGCCUGCGCCCGGCCAGGGGGCCAGGGCUGCUUCCUCCCACACGUGGAAGGUUUUUGAUUCCAAUGAAGAAUCCGGAUAUCUUGUUCUCACCAUAGUUAUAUCGGGUCAUUUCUUCAUCUCACAAGGGCAGACGCUACUGGAAGGGUUCUCGCUCGUCGGCAGCAGGAGCUGGUUGAAGAUCGUGCGACGCGUGGACUGUCUGCUCUUUGGAACCACGAGCAAGAGCCGCAUGUUCCGGGUGCAGUUCGCCGGCGAGUCCAGGGAGCAGGCGCUGGGACGCUGCUGCAGCUGCGCGCAGAGCCUGGCCCAGUACACGGCCGUGGAGGGGCCAGGCCCUGACCUGCCAGCGGGGGACGGCCUGGAGGAGGACGGGGCCGGCCACGUGCCGCCACAGCACGCGGCCCAGGACCCGGAGCAGCAGGCGUGUCGGGCAGCGGGCCGGGCCGGGCCAGGGCCCAGAACCUCGGUGACGGAGCUCGCUCAGGCCAUCCUGGCGACAGAGGAGCUGCCCCCCGCCUACCGCCAGUGUCCACGGGGUGCGGGAGAGCUGGGCCCCUUCCUGCGCCUGUGCCUCCUGGACCAGCACUUCCCGGCGUUUGUGGAGGAGGUGGAAAAGGAACUGGAGAAGCUGACGGGACUGGGGAAGUAACCCCGCGACGUGGGUCCUGCGGAGCAGCAGGGUGCUGGAGUGAGGAGUGUCCCAGACACCUGUGAUCAAUGUUUUAUUCUUAAAAACAGGUGAAUCCACUUUUUUAUACAUCAUUGCACUUCAACAGUUACACAGAACACAAACACAUGCACCUACAGUUGCGUACCGCAGGAGAGCCUAGUCAGUCUCAGAAAAUCUACCACCGAUCAUCGCG